UUGAAACGCAGAGUCCGUGAUAUGUGGCCGGCGCGUUACUGCUCGAUAUACAUCGCCUCCGAGGCAGCGCUGUUGAUAGGUUCCACUGAGGUUCACUCAUUCCACGCCUAUCCAUGCUUAUAACUUGCUGGUCCCUGCCUUGCCGCUGCAUCGAUUCGCAGUAUGGUCGACCUUAACGUCAGGCUAGGGACGACUUUCGGUUGUGGCCUUGUCGGAAUUACCUUGGCACAGUUUCUGUAUGGAGUGUCUUUCUCCCAGACCUUUUACUACUUUUCUGUGUACCGCGGGGACUCAAUGCGACUGAAGAGCUUGGUGGCGUGGUGGAUGCUAUUGGCAACGGCUAAACAGGCUGUAUCUUUGCAAGCCAUUUACAGUGAGACAAUUUCCAACCAUGCGAAGCUAAAGGGCGCGACAAAGCUACCCAUAGCAUAUGGUGUACAGAAUGCCAUCGGGUGGUUGCUUAUAUUCUCAAUUCAGUGUUUUUAUGUUCACAAGAUAAAUCAAAUUCUUUGCCAUCAUAAAUAUCGCAAAUUGUUUGUACGCGUUACAGUCCGUGUUCAAACGUCCACAUUACAGAGGGAGGGCGUCCGCGCUCACUUUCAUACAGAUCAUACUGAUGACCUUAACGCUUUUCACCGGAUCCGCGGUAAUCGUAACAGAUGUCUUUAUCACGUCCGUUCUGUGCGCGCAGCAAAGUCUCGCCUUCACAGCCCAACAGCGAGUUUGGUCAAUCGGCUGAUCAAAUAUAACGCCGAACGUGGUAUGGCCUUAUGUAUGGUCCAAUUAAUAGUCUUUGCCUUUUUCGUGUAUGACCUUCAGUCUAAGACGACGAAUACCGCUGGGGUCAUAUACUACCUGGAGUUUUCUGUAUAUGUCAACUCAACGUUGGCAGUGCUCAAUGUACGCAAGCACAUGCGUAAGACGUUGGUCGACAACUGUUGCGUAGAGAUCAUGCCUAAGGAGUGCGCUACCGAGCCUGUCGGUCGCAGCGACGGUUCGAGCAGUGGUUCCGACCGAGUUCCGACCGCUGAACGUUGAACACGGCAUCUCACUGUUCCUCCAGAGAACUCGCACUCGCCUUCGCCUUCGCAAUGGUGGUCACCAUGCAUCUGUAUCGAAUCGCCUUGCUCACAUGUAUGUAAAUACGAAGCAGUGCCUCUGGUCGGUACAUAGCACGACCCGUCAUAAGAACUAGUUUCC